AUGAAAAUCCAUCCAUCCAUCCUAGGCACACUUGCCCUCAGUGCAAGUACCCUAGUCUCCGCCGAGCUGAACGUUCGAACGAUUUACCAAUUCGCCUCCAACGACACCUGGCUCGAGAAUCUUGUCGUCCGAUCCAACGGCCUCAUUCUCGCAACCGAGAUCGGUCCCCCAGCCAGCCUCCUCUCCUUCGAUCCCCGCUCCUCAUCCCCAAAGAAGAACGUCAUCCACACCUUUCCCAGCGUUCUCGGUCUCUCCGGCAUCACCGAAGCAGCCCACGACGUCUUCUACGUUACCGGCGCCAACACCACCAGUGACAACAUCUCCGACCCUCCCAAGAACGCCACGCACAUCUGGCGCGUCGACUUCACCACCAACCCCGACACCCCAGACAUCAAACUCAUCGCCCGACCCACCGCACCAACAGGCUUCAACGGACUAGCCGCAUUCAAUGAGACCAUUAUCCUCGCCUCAGCCUCCUACCAAGACUCCAUCUUCGCUGUCGACACAACAACCGGCCGCACAUGGGAAGCCAUCAAGGAUGCGAACCUGAUGAGCAGCAUCAAUGGAAUCAAGGUUCAAGAUGGAUUCGUGUACUGGACCGCCGGCGGCGACUUUUGCAGAGCGAAGCUGUACUCCAAUGUGACUGCUGGUCCUGGAGAGGCUAUUGCCGAGGCUAUUGCGUUUGAUGAUUUCGCCGUUUCCCCGGAUGGGUUCCGUGCUGAGAGUGGACGGAAGUUUGCAUAUGCGGCUACGGCGGCAGAGAAUACAAUUAUGCAGAUUAGCUUUGAUUUACAGGGCGGGAGGAAUCUGACGAGUGUUAUUGCGGGCAGUUUGGAUUCUACGGAGAUUGCGGAGCCGACGGGGUGUGCGUUUGGCAGGGGUGAAGGGGAGAUGGAUUGGUUGUAUGUUACCACGGGUGGUGGCAGUGGUGUUGGUGUUGAUGUUGAUGGGGUGGAGGUUGCAGUUGGGGCACAGUUAUUGGGGAUCAAGCUUAAUUAA